GGACUCAGUGGAGGAGCAACAUUCUGGGGAAAGAUGCUGUCUGGCCUGCUGAGUUCCUCCAGCGUUUUGUGUGUUGGGUGAAGAGAGCUUACUGUUCUUGAACCUGAUGGGGGCUCCUUAUAGGCACAACUGCAAAGGCAGGCCCUAAAGUCAUGACCGCAACAAUGAACACCAACCCUUGGGUCACCAAGUACUCGGGGCCGAAUCCAGCAGCCGACCCCAGGAGGAUGAGGAGGAUCAUCGCUGAAGAUAAUGAGUGGGCUCUGGCCACAGUCCAGCGGCUCAGCGACCUCUGCAUCAACCACAUCGUGCAGAACUUUACCGUGCACCCACUGCUGAAUGAGCUCCCGGAGAAGAACAGACGCAAGGUGCUGGCCAAGAUCUCCACUAAAAUUCCCCUGCAGGUGACAGCCAACCUGGUUAGUGAUGAGGGCUACUGGCGCCGAUGCUGUCUGGAGUGCUGGCAAGUGUGUGACACCUCCCAGUAUGGAGGAAGCUGGAAACAGAUGUUCUUCGAGCGGCUACUGAAGAACAUCAUCGAAUACUUUGUCCCUGACACCACCGAAGUGAAGGUGGUGCUGGAGCUGAUCCCACUCUGCAGAAACUAUGUGAAGAGAUUGGACAUUGGCCAGCUCCUGCCCCCUGUCAAGCAGACCCCAGAGAAGCUGGAUGAUGAGGCAUCAGACACUGGGAGCGAAAGUGACGGCCCCUCAAUGGAUCACUUUGACUUCAGUAUUUUGCUGAACAAGCUACCAUUUCUGGAAGAGCUAUCUGUAACCUACGGGGUGAAGGACUGUGGUAUGAACUUUGAAUGGAAUAUCUUCCAGUUCACUUACCAAGACUGCUUCUCCCUGUCAAAGGCCAUUCACUCUUGCAAAAGCCUGAAGGUGCUCAGGCUGCCCUGCAACGGGAUCGAUGACGAACGGUUACGAGUGAUUAUCAAGUAUCUUCUGAACCACCCCUCACUGAUAGAACUGGACUUGUCCCACAAUAUGAUCGGUGACAGUGGCUCCAAGGCUUUGGCCAAGCUCCUGCUCAAGUCCAAACUGGAGAAGGUUAACUUGUGCGACAACCAGAUCGCGGCCUUUGGAGCCAAAGCCAUCUCCUACAAGGUCCGCCACUUCUCCACACUCCGAUCCCUCAACCUGCGUCUCAACCAAAUUGGCGAUGAAGGUGGAGAAGCCAUAGUGCGUGCCUUGGUGAAGUCCUCGGUGGAAGACAUCAACUUGGCCAGCAACGAGCUGUCGGAGCAUGUAGCUGUGGUUAUCUCUGAGGUCCUGAUGAGGAAUCAAACCCUCAAGUUCAUCAACCUGUCCUGCAAUAACAUUGGCCCGGAGGGUGGGAAGCAGUUGCUGGAGGGUCUAGCCAUGAACAAGACCCUCCUGGAGUGUGACCUGCGACUGACAGACAUUGGCCAAGAGAAUGAGUUCGCCAUCAACCAACUCCUGCACAACAACCGGGAGCGGAUCCGGAAUGUCAUCUGCCACCCAGCCAAGGACAAUGGGAACCCACAGAUAGUGUCUGAUCAUGACUUGGAAUUCAACUGAAGCCUCUGUGCCUCCCUCUGCUUCAAUCCUGUCCCACCUAACCAAUGUAAUUUGCACCCACGGACUGAAAUCUGUGGGACUAUUUUAUACUG